AUGAGCGGCUGGCUCAUUUUUAGUUGCGCCGUCAUUUCCAUGGGAGCAAUCUUUUGGGGAUACGACAUUGGUAUUCUCAGCACGAUUUACGUCUCGCCUGGCUUUAAAAAAGCUCUCAACAACCCCUCUUCAGCAGAGACCGGUCUGAUCACUGCUAUUUUCUCAGCCGGUCAAUUCUUUGGUUUCUCUCUGCUCGCUGGGCCCGUCAACAACAAGUAUGGAAGAAGAUGGGCAGGCUUCAUCGGCGUGUGCGUUCUCUGCGUUGGCGCUGCCAUUCAGACAGGUGCAGUCCACCUCGCCAUGAUGGUCGUCGGUCGCAUUAUAGCUGGUCUUGGAACCGGUAUAGUCUCUACUGCUGUACCAUUAUAUCUCAGUGAGAUUGCACCUGCCGAGCAUCGUGGCGCUUACGUUGCUGCCAAUCAAGUUGGAAUUGUCUUUGGUAUCUCUAUGGCUUUCUGGGUCGGCUAUGGCUUCUCAUUCUGGAAUUACGGAAACGGCGUCGAUCUGGAAUGGCGUCUGUCAAACGCUAUGCAGUUCGUUCCCGCGUUGAUCUUCUUGGGUGGAGUUACAUUUUUACCAGAAAGCCCUCGAUGGCUCAUGGAGCAUGAUCAAAUUGAGGAGGCUGGCAGAUCUUUGACCAAGCUGCGUGGCACCGCCAACCUGAUGGAUGUUCAGGCCGAGCUGGAUGAGAUUCAUGCAAACAUUCUCUGGCACAAGGAGCAUUCCGUCAACUCUGUCAAGGUCUUCGUGACAGAGAAGGCACUUUGGGCACGUCUUUGGCGUGCUUGGGCACUGUCGUUCCUGCAACAGAUGAGCGGUGCUGCUGGAAUUCGAUAUUACUUGCCCACAAAUUUCAUCGCCGCCGGAACAUCCAAGGAACUCAGCUUGUUGGCUUCUGGAAUCGAUGGAACCGUUCAAGUAGUCUGCACCGUUGGCGCAAUGUUUUUCAUUGAUCGAAUCGGCCGAAGACACUCUCUGGGAAUUGGUGCAGUUAUCAUGGCAUUCUGCUUGAUGAUCAACGGCGCGCUUCAACUGGCAUAUCCAAACCAGUCAAAUCAAUCGGCAAAUUACUGCAACAUUUUCUUCAUAUUUUUCUUCACAGUCGGGUACAGCAUGGGAUUCGGCCCGUGCGCAUGGAUCUAUUCGUCUGAGAUUUUCCCAGCCAAUGUUCGAUCUAAGGGCCUUGGUCUCUCAGUCUCGGGUUCUUCCUUGGGCUCUAUCAUUGUCGGUCAGGUAUGGCCUGUCGCAGUGUCCAAUAUCGGACCUAGGGUCUAUUUCAUUUUCAUGUCUUUUAACGUCUUCGCUGCGAUUCUGGUAUAUGCCUGCUAUCCAGAGACUAAGAAGAAGACAUUGGAAGAGCUUGAUUCUCACUUUGGCAAGCUCAAUGUCCAUUCUGAGACCGAAGCCACCCCAAAGCAGAUGCUGGCUGAGCAUGAGCAUGUUGAGGUCGAUGCCAUCCAGGGAGGUAGUAAGGCUUAG